AGAAAGAAGUGUGUUUGCUGGCACUUUGCUUGCUUUUGAGACGUUUUAAUAUUCAUUAAUGUAAUGUCUUUUGGCUGUGCAUAUUAUUAUAUGCUACUUAAAUGCUGCUUUAACUUGAUAGAGAACAUUUAAGUCCAUAUAGUUUCAAUUUCGUGUCCUAGAUGGGCAUUAACAGCGUGUAGAUUGUUUUGGCUGUGCUUAACACACUGGCAUUUAAGACCUUAGUCUCAUUUCGGUCUCCCAGAUGAGAUGUUGCAUGACUGCUCUGAAACUAAAGGAAGCUGGGUUUGAAGCAGUGAGCGCGCAAUGACGCUGUUGCUGUGCGCAAAUGUGUUGACGCCACCUGUGGUCUCUUAAAUCGAUCGAUUCAGGAAGAUUUAGGCACUUUGACCAGGAGAGAGUUCAGUUUGCACGGCAGCCGCGUCGCUUGCGCUUUCUAACCAAGUUUAAGAGUGUAUCGUCCUGCGUCACGCGUAAGUGGAGAGUUUAAAUGGUGCUCCGAAAGUUACCCGGUGUUUCAGCAUCGGGCAUGGGGCUUCGUCUGUCUCAGAAAUUCGUGUUUCUGCUGUUCCUGUCGGGGUUGGUUACUCUGUGCUUCGGGGCACUUUUCUUUCUCCCCGACACCGUGCGCCUCAAGCGCAUCUUCCUCUCCAAGAACGAGAAUCCCGCGGUGACAGUGGGCCACGACAAUGAGCUUUCCAAAAAGGUGCCAGGGGAUCCAGAGCAUCAGCGGGCGAGUUUAAAAGGGGGCGAGGGGGCGAAUGUCAAGCUCAAAGUGAGCCGCAAGCCCUCGGUCACCCAUGGAGCGAGAACCGUGGAGAGAUCUGUUGGGAGUAGAGCGCAGGAGGAGUGGAGUCCGGCGAGGGCGCAGGAACCGGCGGCCAGAGACGAGCGGGUCACCUCGGCUGCUCACAACGGGGAACGCGGCAGCGCUUACAGCUAUGAGGCGUUUAAAACGUGUCUGCUCAAACCAGCUUUGGGGAAGAACCAGGGAACGCCACCGGAUUCCGAGACGCUUCAGCGGAGGGAGAAAGUUAAAGAGAUGAUGAAGUUUGCCUGGGACAACUAUAAACGUUACGCUUGGGGAAAUAAUGAACUUCGACCUCUGACCAGGAACGGACACUUGGGGAAUAUGUUUGGCGGACUCAGAGGUGCUUCAAUCGUGGAUUCUCUGGACACGCUGUACAUCAUGGGUCUGAUGGAGGAGUAUGAGGAAGCCAAGGAAUGGGUCCAAAACAACCUGGACCUGAACUCGAAUGGAGAGGCGUCACUGUUCGAGGUGAACAUCCGUUACGUUGGCGGACUUCUCUCUGCGUACUACCUGACGGGAGCUGAGAUAUUUAAGCAGAAGGUGAUGGAGCUGGGCGAGAAGUUGUUACCCGCCUUCAACACGCCCACCGGCAUUCCCAGAGGAGUCAUUAACCUGGGCAGCUGGAGUUGGGGCUGGGCAUCGGCCGGCAGCAGCAUCCUGGCCGAGUUUGGCACGCUGCACCUGGAGUUCCUUCACCUGUCCCAACUGUCCGGAAACCCCCUGUUCACUGAGAAGGUGAUGAACAUCCGAAAGCUGCUGAACAAAAUCGAGAAGCCUCACGGUCUGUAUCCCAACUUCCUGAGUCCCGUCAGCGGCAACUGGGUACAGCAUCACGUGUCUAUCGGAGGUCUUGGGGACAGUUUCUACGAGUACCUGAUCAAAUCCUACCUGAUGUCAGACAAGACGGAUCAGGAGGCCCAGAAGAUGUACUACAGCGCCAUGGAGGCCAUCGAGACGAACCUGGUGCAGAAGUCUCCGGGUGGCCUGACGUACCUGGCCGAGUGGCGAGGAGGAAUCCUGGACCAUAAGAUGGGGCAUCUGGCCUGUUUCUCCGGCGGGAUGAUCGGCAUCGGCGCUGACGACGGGCCGGCGGGACAAAGGCAGCAUUACCUGGACCUGGCCGCUGAAAUCACUCACACCUGCCACGAGUCCUACAGCCGCUCAGCCACCAAACUGGGUCCGGAGGCGUUCCGCUUCGAUGCAGGAGCCGAGGCCACAGCCACCCGACUGAGUGACCGCUAUUACAUCCUGAGGCCAGAGGUCAUCGAGAGCUACAUGUACAUGUGGCGUUUGACCCACGACCCCAAAUACAGGGAGUGGGGCUGGGAGGCCGUGGAGGCAUUGGAGAAGCACUGUCGUGUAGACGCGGGUUUCUCAGGAAUCAGAGAUGUGUACGCCUCCACAGUCAGUCACGACAACAUGCAGCAGAGCUUCUUCUUGUCCGAGACACUCAAAUACCUGUACCUGUUGUUCUCGGACGAUGAUCUCCUGCCGCUGGAGGACUGGGUGUUUAACACGGAGGCUCAUCCGCUGCCCGUUAUACGCAAGAGAUGCCUGCAGGAGCACAGCGCCACACAAGACCAUGGACAGACCAACCUGGAGUAGUAUUUACCAUCACACA